AUGCUGCGCAAGCUGGUCCGCAAGGGCGAGCUUCUCGUCUGCCCUGGCGUCUACGACGGCAUCUCCCUCCGCAUCGCACAGAAAGUUGGCUUCGACGCCCACUACAUGACCGGCUACGGCACCGUCGCCUCGCACCUCGGCCUGCCAGACGCCGGCCUCGCUGGCUACGGCGAGAUGGUGGAUCGCGUGCGCACGCUCAGCCGCAUCUCGACUGCUCCGCUCAUCUGCGACGGCGACACCGGCUACGGAGGCCUGUUCCUCCAUGCACACGCACGCACACACACACACACACACACACACACACUCACACACACACACACACAGGAGUUCCCCAAGAAGUGCGGGCACACGCCGGGCAGGAGAGCGGUGCCGCUGCCCUGUUCACAGCUACGCGCUGCGCUGCGCCGCGCAGAGGCCUUUGCCAGCGCAGGCGCCCUUGUCGUCGCGCGGACCUCCUCUUUGUCGAGUCUCCCGAGACGGAGGAGCAGACGGGCCGUGUGUUUCUUUUUUGUAGGCGCGGACAUCCUCUUUGUCGAGGCUCCCGAGACGGAGGCGGAGAUGGAGCGCGUCGGCGAAGCACUGGCCGGCGUGCCGCCGCUGCGCCUCCCGCUCCUGGUCAACGUCGUCGAGGGCGGCAAGACGCCGGUGCUGAGUCGGCAGCGGUACGUGGAGCUCGGCUACCAAGUCGCCAUCUUUCCGGCGACGGCCUUCCUCGCUGCGGGGAGAGGCAUCGAGUCUGUCUACUCGCACCUCAAGGCGACGGGGUCGUCGGCGGGCGCUGAGGGCGAGCUGGCCGACUUCAUGGACUUCUCGAGGACGUUGGGCUUCGAGCGCGUUUGGGAGUUUGACAGGGCGCACGCCGAUGUGGGCGAGCGAUAGUUCCCUUCCUUGACUGCUAGAGGUUGACUGCGUUGAGCGUUGUUCUCCGUUACAGUAUGUGCAGCAUGCCA